AUGUCCUCCACUAUGAAGCCUGCUCUUGCCACUCUCAUCCCUGAUUGCCAUCAGGCCAACUCACAUACUCUCAAGCUUCACCCCAACGAACAAAGAGAUGAUUUCUUGGAUCGCUGUGCGGCCUGGCGCGGCAGUGUCCCACAACGACCUCAGGACCCAUACCCUGAAACUGCUUUGCAAGAGCCAUCAUCUAUGGAUACCUUCUGUAUACCCCCAUUCUGGGAGACCACUCACGAUAGUGAUCUCACUGUUUGCCUCAUCAGUGCUCAACGCUCAGAGCGUCGGGCAGAAAGCCAACUUAUCCAGAAACGCCUGAAACGCGUAAUGAUUGAACACAAAUUAUACUAUCAUAUAAAUCAACAUGCAGGACGAAGACUCCAGAAAGCUGACAUCAGUGUCGGUGUUUCACAUGGUGUGUUGCAUGUAUCUGGCCUUACAAGCGACACACUUGAUGUUGCGGAUAGCGACAUUUCAAGUGUACAUGAAUCAGAUGCAGAAUAG